CAGUCGGAGCACCUGGUCACACUGUCGUCGGUGUGCAUGGGGAAUAAGAACAAGAAAGAUUAGAUUCGUGCAGGCCAACGUAUUUGCUCUAAAUAGAAUAUCUGCAGAAACAUGGACAACUUCGGACUGGGCGGAUCGGAUCUAAGCAAGGGGCAGAUAUUCCAGGUACUGGUUCGCCUGUCUGUGGCCUCGCUGAUCACAUAUUAUUCGGUGAAAUGGAUGAUGAACCAGAUGGAUCCGACCAGUAAAAACAAGAAAAAGGCCAAAGUUCUGGCUGAGGAGCAGCUUAAGAGGCUAGCCGAGCAGGAGGGCUUCAAGCUAAGAGGGCAAGAGUUUAGCGACUACGAGCUUAUGAUUGCGUCACAUCUUGUUGUUCCCGCCGACAUAACAGUCAGUUGGGCCGAUAUCGCCGGUCUGGAUUCAGUCAUUCAGGAGCUCCGGGAAUCGGUGGUGCUGCCAAUCCAGCACAAGGAUCUCUUCAAGCAUUCGAAGCUGUGGCAGGCGCCCAAAGGCGUCCUGCUCCAUGGACCACCGGGCUGUGGAAAGACGCUGAUAGCGAAGGCGACGGCAAAAGAGGCGGGAAUGCGCUUUAUCAACUUGGACGUCGCCAUUCUUACCGACAAGUGGUACGGGGAAUCCCAGAAAUUGACUUCUGCUGUCUUCUCGCUUGCAUCGCGAAUCGAGCCAUGCAUUAUUUUUAUUGACGAAAUAGACUCAUUUUUGCGAUCUCGAAACAUGAACGACCACGAGGCUACCGCCAUGAUGAAGACCCAGUUUAUGAUGCUGUGGGAUGGCCUCAGCACGAACGCCAACUCGACGGUGAUUGUGAUGGGUGCCACGAACAGGCCGCAGGAUUUAGACAAGGCCAUUGUGCGCCGCAUGCCAGCCCAAUUCCACAUUGGUCUGCCCUCGGAGACCCAACGAAAAGACAUCCUGAAGCUGAUCCUCCAAUCGGAGGAAGUAAGUCAGGAUGUCGACUUGAAUCGCUUGUCCAAGCUCACAAAUGGCUUCUCGGGCUCAGACCUGCGGGAAAUGUGCCGGAAUGCUUCAGUUUACCGAAUGAGGCAGCUCAUCACGUCCAGAGAUCCGUCAGCUACAGCGCUUGAUCGCAACAACGUCCGCAUCACCAUGGACGAUUUGCUGGGCUCGCACUUAAAAAUUAAGGAAUCAAAGAUGCACACGAGCAGCCUAUUCUUAGAGAAUAGAAUCGAAUUAGAUUAAGCUGACCAUUGUUUAUUCAAGCUCCCGAUAUAUCCAACUUAAAUUUGUAUAAUAAACUUUUUAUUUGCCUUUCGAGAGGAGCUCCAAUGUUAUGUGUUAAUUAACCCUGUUCUCUGCAUUCCAAAAUGGGUAUCCGGAAAACGUAGUUUUGGUAGUCUUGAAAACAGCAACGGAUACUGCAGGAAAUUACACAAUCCAUAGCAUUUCCGUAAAGCGGAGCUCAAUGCACUUUAAUUAUUACAUUUACGGGCUUCUGUGAAAUAUUCACCUAGAGAAAUUUCAAACAUUUAUAAAGAUAUUGCACUUGUACACUUCUUCAAACACACACACAACUUGCGUCACGCGACCGUGGGCUUUCAAUCGUAAAAAAAAAUAUAAGUAAACUUGUGCAGUUUUAUUCUCUUUUAAAAAGGUCGUUUAUUUCUGACGGCAUUUCAAAGCUACACAUUUGUAUAUCUAAUUAAAAAUGAAUAAAAACAUGCAUACAUUUUAAAUAAU